AUGAAGGAGCAGGACCUCACCUUCUCCAACCGCCCCAGGCUCAGCAGCCCCGACCGCCUCAUCUACGGCUCCAAGGAAGUCUCCUUCGCCCCCCACGGCGACUACUGGCGCCAGAUGCGCUCCGUCUUCGUCCUCCGCCUCCUCAGCAACAAGCGCGUCCAAUCCUACCGCCGCGUCAGGGAGGAGGAGACCUCCCUCAUGGUGGACGACCUCAUGCGGCUUUCGUCGUCUUCCGCGCCUGUCUUGGUGAAUUUGAGCCAUGUGUUGGUGUCGUUGACGAGCAAUGUGAUUAGCAGGGUGGCGUUGGGGAGGAAGUAUGGAGAUGGUAGAGAAGGGAAUGGGUGUAGAAGCUUCUUCGAGGAGCUUCAAGAAAUUUUGGGGACUUCUCCUGUGGGAGACUAUGUUCCUUGGUUGUCAUGGAUGUGUUGGAUCAAUGGUUUUGAUGCGAGGAGAGAGAGAGUGUCGAAGGGUUUGGAUAGUUUUUUGGAGCAUGUUGUGAGAGAGCAUAGGGAGAAAGGUGGUGAUGAAGGUGGGGAGAUGGAUUUUGUUGACAUUACUCCUUGA